AUGGCGUUCGAUGACGAUGCUAUGGGCAUCACACAGUUUAAGGUGUGGUACAACCAGUUUAAAGACGGCUGCUCAUCGGUGGAGAGCGAGCCACACUCUGGUCGACCAUUAACAUGCCGAAAUGACCAGGUCAUUGCUAAAGUGAACGCUGAGGUGAUGUGGAACUGUCGCGUCACUAUCAGAGAAAUUGCGGAACAGGUGACCAUCAGCACUUCUUCGGCUCAUCCUGUUGUGACCGAAGAUCUGGCCAUUAAGAAAGAGUCGCCGAAUUUCCUGCCGAAGCUUCUGAUGGCAGAGCAAAAGCAAUUUCAUGUUGAAGUCUCACAGGACAUGUUCGACGCCACAAAUAGUGACCCCAACUUCGUGAACGUAACAAUCACUGGCGACGAGUCCUAG